AUGUACCAACGUCGUCUCCUCACCAGCUCAUGUGCCCGUCUCCUCUUUGGCGAAACCUGCCGUCGUACACUGACGCAGUCGGCGGUGAGCCACGCCAAAGUGGGAUUUAUAGGCCUGGGCAACAUGGGCGCAAACAUGGCAGACCACCUGCAAAAGGCAGGCCAUGAGCUGGUCGUCUACGACAGCAAUGUCGACGCUAUGAAGUCAUUCGUUCGCUUCGGCGCCAAGGCGGCCACCAGCGCCGCCGAUCUCGCCGGCAAGGUGGACCGCGUCCUGACGAUGGUGCCCACGCCGAAACACGUGCUGGAGGUGUACCUCGGCAAGGACGGCGUCAUCAGCGGCGGUCAGGCGAAGAAAGGCACCAUUCUCAUCGACUCCAGCACCAUUGACCCGGGCACGAGUCAACAGGUGUCGGCAGAGGCGCUCAAGGCAGGCCUGGAGUUUGUCGAUGCGCCAGUGUCGGGGGCGGUGCCGGCGGCCCGUGCGGCGACCUUGACCUUCAUGGUGGGCGGCAAAAAGGAGAUUGUCGACGCCAUUCGAGAGCUCCUCCUCGCCAUGGGCAAAAACGUCAUCCACACGGGAGGCGUUGGCACGGGCGUUACUGCCAAGCUGUGCAACAACAUGCAGCUAGCAAUUUCAAUGAUCGGAACUUCAGAGACGCUCAACCUGGGCGCACGACUCGGCCUUGAUCCGCAGAUGCUCACGCAGAUUCUCAACAUCAGCUCAGGAAGGACUUGGGUCUCCGAGGGCUACAACCCGGUGCCCAGUGUGGGUGAUGAGAAGUUGCCCGCCAACCACGAGUAUAAGGGCGGCUUUGGCACGGCGCUCAUCGCCAAGGACCUCAAUCUGGCGCAGUCCAUUGCCGUUCAGUCACAGAGUCCAACGCCGAUGGGCGCUCUUGCCUCUCAGAUCUACCGAAUGAUGCUCAACAAUGGAAAAGGCGACAAGGAUUUUUCCUACGUGUAUCAGUUCCUCAAGAACCAAGACAAAUGA